AUGCCCUUCCCAUUUGUCCUACCAACCACGUCCGCCUUCUCAUACUCAUCGAGCUUCACAUGUGAGACACAUCCCUCACUACCCCUCAACGCCAGCACGUACCGUGGGGUUGUGAGAGACACGCUCAAGAAGCACAAGCGUCUCCCGCCCAUAUCCCAGGCACCGAACCUCCCAUUGGUCAUCUCCAGCCUCACCAGCUAUCUGCCCUACCUCUCUGCCGUUGAGUCGGGGCUUGGCAACCGGCCACUCCACGGCGAGCAAAUCAAGGUCGCCACCAAGUCGCCGCCGGCGAUAGAAUGGAGGCCCACGCUCUCGGAGAGCGCCGUGCCGGGCAAGGAAGCCGCCCGCUGCAGGAUCCAGUCCCUUGAGCAGGAGCUCUCCUUCGUCCUCUCGUCCCUGGCCAACGCCUACACCCUCCAGGCCCGCAGCGCCCUGCAGCCGCUCUACGUCACGUCGGUCGCGCCCAUAGGCAGCCAGGAGCGCCACGGCGCCAUCACCGCGGCGACCAAGCACCUGCUCGACGCGGCCUCCGUCUACGACUACCUGGCCGGGGCCGCCGAGCACCGGGCUCAGGCCCCGCCGGCGUGCGCCGUCGACAUCAGCGCCGCGACCGUCCGGGCGCAGCGGGAGCUGGCCCUCGCCGAGGCGACCCUCCUCGCCGUCCUCAAGGACGACCCGUACCCGGCCGUCGCGGCGCAGGACCGCAACAAGAACGACAUGGAGUGGAUGUUCAAGGCGCCCGACAUCCCCAAGGUGCGGGCGCACCUGUUCGCGCGGCUGUGCCUCGCCGCGUCGGAGCACGCGGCGCAGGCUUACUCGCUGUGCCAGGGCGGCGGCGGGAGGGGCAGCGGCAAGGUCAACGAGACGUUUGUCAGAUACCUGGAGGACCUGAGGCGGACGAGCCGAGCCAGGGCGUGUCGUUUCUUCGGCAUUGAUGCGGAGCUGGGCGGGCAGACCGGCAAUGCGAUCGGGUGGCUCCACGCCGCAUUACAAGAGCUCGGCGUAGAGAAGGAGCAGAAGAGGAGCGGGCUGGGUUUCAGCAAGCUGCGAAAGGAAUGGUCGGAGAAGAGGGAAGACCGCAAGGUCGAGAGGUCGUCAAAUUGGGGCGCCGAUGCCGGCAAGCUCGAGGAGACACGGAUGAACACACAACUCGUCCCGCCCCCGGGCGCACUUCUGGCGCAGAUGCCAUCGGGUCGCGAGAUCCACCAGAUCAAGGCGUAUGAACCGCCGGUUAUCGACGCGUCCGCCUUGGACGCCAUGCGAGCGCCUCCAGAAGUGGCAGACGACUACGGCAACGCCGAGAGCUCCGAGGAUGAAGGGCAGCAAGUCACAUCGGGACCAGGCCAAUUCCCUGGUACCAAGGACGAAUACGAAGGAAGGAGCUCGUACUAUUAG